CAGACCUCGAAAAUAUAACCUAAACUUUUAAACGUGAAAUAUUUCAUAUUUAUGGGAUUUGAGUUUUUGUUUUUACCAACUUUAUCAAAUGGAGAGCAAAAUCUUGAAAUUGAGAAGAAAAAAAGAAAGUUCCUAUACUACUGGCAAUUAUGAUUCCUCAUAUAAACAUUGUAUUGAGAUAGCUGAACUGCUUGUUGAGAAUGAGAAAUAUGAGGAUGCUCUCUUGGAGUAUAAGGAAGCAGUAUGUGUUGGUAAAAUGUAUAAUAAUCAAAUGGAUAUUGCAAGAGCAAACAGAAUGAUAGCAGAAGUUUAUGUGAUGAUGCAGAAACCAAAAGAUGCCAUUGAGUUUGUGAGAAAAUUUCUAGAAAUUUCACGCAAGGAGAGGGAUUUGAAAGAGGAGCAAAGAGCUCUAGCUACGUUGGCACGAAUCUACUUUAUUAUUGCAGAAGAUGUGCUGCCAUCAUCCACAGAACGCCAGGAUGCACUUGUUCAAGCACAAACCUACAACAUCAAGAGCUUGAAAAUUUGUGACAAACUUGAAGAAGAAGGCGGUGCUAGCGCUAAAAAUAUUGGGGAAAUGAGAGCACGGGUCUAUUUGAAUUUGGGCCUCGUGGAGGAAGCAUUGGCCAAACUUGAGAAAGCAGUCCAAUACCUGGGAAAAGCCGUAAUUAUUUGCAAAUCUUUGGAUUUGUGGGAAGAGUUAUGUCUGAGCUACACGAAUCUCGGAUUGGCGCAUAAGCAUAGUGAGGAUUUUGCCAGCGCUUUGAAAGCCUUCGAUUUGGGCCUUUCAGUUGCUUGUCGUCUAUCUGACAAAGAAAAAUACUUGAGUGAUAUUUACGUACAAAAAGCACAGGUAUUGGCUGCAAUCUGUGAAUUUGAAGAAAAACUUAUUCUUCUGCCUGAAAAUGACAUAUCUGAAAGGAGAAAAAUGUAUGAGAUGAUGGGAGAUGGAUGUGCAGCUUUAGAGAGUUACAAAAAGGCCUUAGAAUAUUAUCAUUUAACGCUGGAGUGUUCAGAAAAACUGGGUGAGAGCGGUAAAAGGUUAUCUGAUAUUCUGGUUUCUCUGGCCCAAACUUAUAAAGAUGUGAAGGAUUUUGAUAAAGCGAUCGAGUAUUACAACAGGGAGUUGACAGUGUGGAAAGAUAAUCCUGCAGAGGCAUGCAAUACGAGCAUCAGUAUAGCAGAGGCUCUGGAAUUGAACCAUGCUUCCAGCAGAGAGAUUCUAACGAUGUACAGGAGUGCCCUGUGUUUGGCUAGGGACGCCAAAAACAUAAAAUUGGAAAGAAUCGUAUUAAAGAAUAUGCGGGACCAUCUAGAAGAUAACUCGAAUAGUGUCAUGGCAUCAGAAAUUGAGAAGGAACUGGAAAAAGUUGAAAAGCAGCUUGACGGUCAAAGUGAAUCAGAAGAUGAAAGCGAAGACACUCCGGCUAUUGGAGAUCAUAUUUGCUUGGAUACGUUAUCAGAUUCAGAAGCAGAUGAGGAAGAAAUGAAGUUGAAGCCGAGAACAGCUCGACGUGUGCGUGGUGGCUUCCAGCUGCGGCGUAAUGAGAAGGGGGAGACGCCCCUCCAUGUGGCCUGCAUCAAUGGCAACUUGACGCUUGUCACCAAACUGUUGGAUCAGGGCCAUCCACUGGACGUACGUGACAACAACGGGUGGACGCCCCUACACGAGGCGGCCAACCACGGCUACGUGGAGAUAGCGCAGGAACUGGUGGAGCGGGGUGCGGCCAUCAACGACGCGGGAGGACCGCACUGUGACGGCGUCACGCCACUGCUGGACGCCGCCUCCUGUGGGCACUUCCGCCUCAUGGACAUGCUGCUGCAGAAGGGCGCGUCGCCCAUCGCUCGCACCGACAAGGGAGAGACUGUUCUUGAUUGUCUCACAAACUGGAGGCGGCGUUUUAUUGAAGAAGAGCAGACUGACCUGACUGGUGAAAUGUUGAACGAUUACAAUACAAUAGCUAGAAAAAUCAAGUUUGGCUAUCAUCAAAGCCGGACAUCAUCACCUUUAGUGAGAAGACGAAAGAGCAGUGAGGGGAGUCCAGAAACAAGAUCUCAUACGAACAACUCGUCCAACAACAGAGCUGUUUCUGAAUAUCAAAGUGCCAUACGAGGACUCAAGCAUCGCUCAAAUGUUAACUCAGAAGUUCCCAUCAGCCCAAUCAAACUUUCUCAAGGUGCAUUAGUGAACGCAGAAAACGCGAUCGACGAUUGGCUGAUUGAUGAUCUAAAUGAAGAUUUAACUUCUAGACCUUUGAAGCGUAGGAAAAGAGACGACACUUUUUCGGGCGUACAGCUACGCAAAUCGUCAAACAAGGAGAAGUCCAAAAAUAGCAAGCCAUCUCUUCGAUCAACAAUCGAGUACAGUGACAGUGAAACUUGCGAUUCAAAUGGAACGAACCAUUGUGCAGAUGACGAUGAUUUCUCAUCAAAAGAGGAACAAAACGACCGCCCUUCAGAAAUGAGUGAGGAUGCAUUGCACAUGGAUGACGACAAUAAUUCAGCAAAUAUGUGUGAUAAUCAUAUAUCAUCUUUGCAUUCCAUAGAUCUAUGUGAUCAGCCAUCGCCGUCCAUCAAUAGAUUAUCGAGUACUCAAAUGCGUCAAACCACAUUACUGGAUGCUGGCAUCCACAGGGAACCAGUUCAAAUAGCUCAAGAUUUAGUCUCACCACCAGCUCAGACACCUGUCGACAUAACUUCUCGUAAACGACAAACGGUGAAAGUUCGAAUUGAAGGAAAGCUGAUGUUGAUACCUCUACCAAUCGAUCCUGACCUCACAAUGUCCUGGCUCGAAGAGGAAACUGCUCGUAGGUACAACAGUAUGGAAGGUGUUGAGCCGAAGCUUUCUCUUCAGACAGCUGAUGGUGCUCUCAUCCACCCACAUGACUCUCUGUCGCUGAUUGCUGAUCUGGGAUCAGAAAUAAAUGCUAUUGUCACCUCUUGGAAUUUGGCUCCGAUAAAGGAUAGAUACCGCAGAGCAUGCACUGCCAACAACAUAGAUGUGAUAUCUGAAGUAGAAGCCCGAUUGGAUUCUUCGCAAAUCACCAAGUGCCUGGAUUUGGAAAAUUUUACAUUAUUUACGGACGAAUUUACUCCAAUAUUCAAAUCACUGGCCCAUCAUAAAUCAUUACAAUACCUGCGACUUUCUACAAACUGUUUGGGUGACUCAGGUUUACAGGCUCUUAUGAACACGCUGGUGGAUAUUCCCGAGUUGAAAGAACUUGAUUUGAGUUGCUGCAAUAUUACUCAUUACGGACUCGAUCACAUGUGCCAGUUCAUUUUGCAGAAAAACUUAUUCGAGGCCUUGGAAGUGAUAGAUAUGAGUCACAAUCGUCUUGGAGAUGAUUGCUUGAGGCAUGUAUGUAAUCUGGUGAGCAAACUGCCCAACUUGCACACUCUUAAAUUGAGGUCUGUUUCCCUCACAUCAUUCAAGGCGCAGCAAGAUUUCUAUCUAGAUCAAAUAGAAGUGCUAGACUUGAGCUCCAACGAUAUUGGAAGGGAAGGCAUGCUAGAUAUUCUGAGUAAAUUGAAUCCGGGCAGAAUACGCAGACUGGAGUUGGCCGAUGUUGGCUCAGAGUGGGUGGCUCGCGAGGUGGCCAUCUUCCUCGGCCAGUGCGUUCCUUACAACUUGGAGCAUUUGGACCUCUCCUACUGUGACAUCGACGAUUUGCAGAUGAAUCUUCUUCUCAAGAGUUUAAAAAUGUGUCCGAAGCUUCGUAACCUUCAGCUGGAAGGAAACAGCAAGCUGAGUCCAUGCAUGGUACAGAGGUUGUGUGAACUGGAGCUGACGCAUCUCAACUUGGCCGGUGUUCCAUGUAAUCUUCGUUUCAUUAAACACGACAUUGAAAACUUGUACAUCAGUACCGUUCAAAAAGACCUAUCAAAUAGGGAAAAUCGCCGGAGACCUUUCGGCUUCUAUUCGAAUAAUCUUAACUCAGUAUUCAGGUAGUUUAUCUCAUUAUGUUCUUCUAAUUUUAUUUCAUUAUGUUGUUUUAACGGUUUCUAUUAGAAUAAUCUUACUCAGUGUUAAUUUAGUUUAUAGCUUUAUGUUGCUUUAAUUUUAUUUCAUUAUAUUGUUUUAAUUUAUUUCAUCAUGUUGUUUCAUUUGUUUUUCAACAAUUUCAGUUUGUUGGCAAAAUACAAUACCAAUACCUAGCUCAGCUUUAAGUUCAUGAGUUGGUAUAUUGUAAAAAUCACCCCACCAUCAUAUUACGAAACAUAUACAAAUUCAUUGUUGACAUCACCGUAGAAUUAAUAUGAAGAACUGAAUUAGUAUUGUAGGUAGUUCUUUUUAAAAUGUGUAUACUU